AGAGCGCUUGGCGUGUGUAUCGAGUUUUAGCGGUAUUUCGACAUUCGUAAUAGACAAUCGGUAUAAAUGUGACCAGAAAUGAAUUUUCCAACCUAAGAAUCGUUGUAAAAAAAUUUGUAAAUCGGAAUCGUUCAUCAAACAAUAGUUAAAUGUCGAUUUCCGAGUGAACAAUCGGUUAAAAUUAAUUUUUAAAUGCAAUUUGCCUAACGGUUAGCGCUUGACAAAUUGGUCGAAUGAGAGCGUUUUCAUGUGGGCACUGUUUAGUUCAAUUUUUCUCCACGCGGUGGCUACGAUACCAAAUGCUCAAUGGCAUCUCGUGAAGCACACAAACUUUGUGUAACUACAACAUUUUUUUAGUUUGAUUCGUUUGUGAAUCAAGUUAGAAAAAAAUCGAAAUUUUCGUAUAAAUUCGGUUAAAAUAAAUUUCAAAAAAUUAUGCAAAAUGUUUGUAAAGAUUUCGUGCUGCAUUUAAUUAAUAAAUUUGUUUGUCAACAUCGUUUUAUCUGUGUUUAAAACCGAUUUUCAAACGGGCAUGCGAAAAAAAUUUCCCUCCAAAUUGUGAACAAGAAAAGUGAGGAACCAUACACACCAGGCGAAUUAAAGAGAAGAGCAAAAAAAAUAACGCGAGAGAGAGAGAGAGAGAGAGAGAGAGAGAAGUGAAGCGAGUGUGUUUUUGAAGUUAGAAGUGCUUGUCGUGCUGAACGUAUGCUGCUGCUCACAAAUCACAUCACAAGCCAAACGACACGAUAUUCACGGCUGAGCAAAACCAAUUUUAAAUCGAACCAAAUUGAAAUUCAUUGACGGAGGCCCCGAAUCACCGAAAUCAUGCCUCUGUUGAAAAGGAAACCUUUCGAAAAAGAUCCAAACACGCAUCAGGCGUUAAAGGACAACCAGGAGGUGUUUUAUUGUGAAUUGUCGAAGGAAAUUUUUGUCGAUUAUGAGGAAUAUUUCGAACGAACAAUGCUGUUCAAUUCGACAAUAUGGACAUGUGCGGUGAGUGGCAGACCAAAUCUAACUUAUGCCGAGGCACUGGAAAGUGAAAAGAAACACAGAAAAAUGAUCGAAGCAUUUCCACAAGUGCUAAAAGGUCCCGUUGUGUAUAUAGCAAAUCUCACAAAGCGGUCAGCGAUUAGUGAUUUGGUCGACGACGUCUUCAACUAUGUAAACACACGGUACUUUAAGAAUGAAAAGGUCGUCGCCAAAGAUCCAAAUUCCGAUCAGUUCAUCGAGUGUGAGGUGGUUGGUUUUGUCACAUCGGCCACUGAAACCAGUCCGAAUGGCAAAGUCCCAACGGAGGAUGUUAAAUAUCGUGUGAAACGAAUCGAAGCAAAUGGCAAAUCGCCGAUGCUGUGGACUGUCAAUCCCGAUCAAAUUCGUCGCCGUAAAAAAGAUAACAGUUUACCAUUUUCCAAAGACAAAUUGAAGCUGUUUCUCAAACAGUGCAUCGAAUACAACGACAUUCGCAUGCUGACAAUCAAACAGGAUGCAUACAAAAGGUAUGUGAUCGACGCAAAUAUCACAGCAUUGUCCAGUUUUUACGUGGGCAAGCAACCGACAUUCGAUCUGUCCAAGGUGUUGGCCGACAAAAAGGAAAAGGAUAAAAAGAAGAAGCAAGAACAGAAAAAGAUCGACAAAGAGAAAAAGAAGAAACUUGAGAACGGUGUAUCAAAGAAUGGCACAACGCCGAAUAAAAAUGGUAAAGUGAAAAAGACCGGCAAACAGUCGUUAUUGGAUGAUUUUGUGACCAAAGACGGCGCCAAAAUUGCCGAAUUGAAAAAACAAAAGAAACUGGAAGACGAAGAAGCCAAACGACGAAAAGAAGAAGAGAACCGCAAACGCAAGGAAAUGGAAGCCGAACGCCAGAAAUUGUUGGCCGAAGAGCGCAAAAAGCGUUUGGCCGAUCUGAUGCAGUUGGUACAAGUGACCGUACGCAAUUUGAACGCGGUUAAAGAUGACCUCGAAUUACAAGAUCAGAAAGUGUUGCCGCCCACAAAACCGGUGAAAACCGUAUUUGCCGACAAAUACUUCUCGGACGCAGUCAUGGUGAUCGAGUUUAUCUCAUCGUACACGGCAAUUUUGGAAGACAAAGACAAAUUCCGUAAUGGAAUCGAUUUUAGUCUUAUGGAACGAGCACUAUUAACACGUGAAAUUGCCGGGCCGUUGAGUGACAUUUUGCAAGUAUUGCUUGGUUCAAUAUUUUCACUGCAAAUUGAAGAAGCCAACGAAAUUGACAUUGAAUACGAAAGUGGACCAGUCACAUUCAAAGAAAACAUUCCCAACGGACAACAGGAUCUAAUCAAACGAGCUACGGUCGCCGCUACAUGGCCACAAAAUUAUUUGAGCUUGACGAUGAGCGAACUACCCAUCGAUGCAACCACAUUAACGGAACUGUUGCGUUUACAUUUCCUCACAUCUGGCGCCAAAUUGACUGAAUUUGGCACAAAAUAUCGUUUCCAAGAGCGUGGUGGCUUCCAGAACACAGACGAUCCCGGUGUCAUGUUUUGCAUCGAAAAUCCACACAUUCUGAGGGCAUUGUCUAAGCAAACGGUCUACGAACUGCCAACCGAUGACAUUUUGUCGGUACUCCGUGUAUUGAUCAAUCAAAUUUUGAGCUAUUCGUCGGUUCGUGAUUUGGUGGAGGAACGAUUGGAAAAUUCGAACAAAGCCAAAAUUGCGCUGAAAAAUUUGCUGUCGGCCGAACGUAAGCGCGAAUCAACAUUGGCAUCGGAGAAAAAAGAAGUAUUGGAAGAGGUGAAAAAAGCGCUGGAAACCUUUGAAGGUACCGAAGAAGAGAAGCUGGCCCAUAAAGAUGCAUUGGAUAAAAAAGCCGAUCUCAAAAUCAAAAGCCUGGAAUUUGCGGCCGAACGAGAGAAGAAAAAGUUCACCGAUCAAUUGGAUCAGCUGAAGAGUGAAAUCUUUGACUAUCAACUCUGUUUGGGUUCCGAUCGUGCAUAUCGUACCUAUUGGCUAUUUGAAUCGUUGCCCGGUUUGUUCAUCGAGCACGAUCCAUUCGGUGGACAGUGCUUUGAAAAUCCAGUUUCAAAUAUCCAUGGUUUGGCCACAUGCCCGCCGGAAAAGCGGUAUUUGUUCAUUAAAAAUAUGUUACAGGAACAGCAAAAUAACAAUUCCAACGAUAAAGAUAAAGAGAACAAGGUGAGCAACACACUGGAUGCCAAACCAAAAACAAAUGAAAACGCUGCAAAACUGCCCGAGUCCGAAGCUGAACCGGUGGCGCCUGCACCGCCAGAAAUCACAUACUCACAACGUGACCUUUUCAUGUGUACGGGAGACUAUGAAACGUGCCGAGUUCACAAUGUAAACGACAAAUCACGUAUCACAUGGUCAUUUUUGCAUACGGAAGAGGAACUUAACGCAUUGAUCGAUUCGCUAAAUCCACGCGGUUUUCGCGAAAAAUUGCUGAAAGAGCAGCUGGAAUCUCAGAGAGAAUUGAUUUUGUACCACACGAAAAAGUGUCCAGUGGAUAAAUUGCAAGUCGAUCCAGAGACCAUUGAACAAAGAAUCGAGCAAAUCACCAAUGAAAAGUCGAAAGUGUAUUCAAAUGCAAACUUCAACUAUCCAAAGGGAACAACAAUUAGCGAAGUGAUGGUGAACGAAAUUCGGUCGAACAUUCUCGAAUUGGAGUUCAAAGUAACAAGCGGCCAGCUGGGUGUGUUAUCUGUAAAAGAUCGAAUGCAAUGGCGUGCCGCAUUGGAGGCCAACAAUUACGAUAUGCAAACAAACAGCUUGCAAUGGGGACCAUACGGACAAUUCCAAGAAGAUUCUAAAGGCAAAGUCAAGGUUAUCCAACAAAAUGGAAAGGCAUCGAUCAAGAAAGAAGAAGACGACAAUGAGGAAAAUGACGAAGAGGAUGAUAACUCGUCGCUAUCGAACCUGAAAUACGAAGAUCCAGGCGCGUUUAUCAAUGACCAAAGCGAAGAUUCACCGGAAGACGAGGCGUAUUUCAAACAAAUCCAUGGGCUGUCUUGUGCUCUUCUGCAAAUCUGCCAAUCGAUCGAUGUCAAAUAUUUUAAACCGCCGUACGGUAAUUUGAAAUCGGGUGGCAAACACGGUACUAGGGAGGAGAAUGCCGAAAAAGCCCAACGAAGCUUAGAAAGAUGGCAGGUUUCAUUGAUGAAUUGCAAAAAUGCAUCACAACUCUUUCUACACUACAACGUUUUGUAUGAUGCCAUCAAAUGGACACGAUCGGCCCAAAAUGCAAAAUGUUCAUGCCGCAGUUCCAAAGAUCCAGACAAAUUGCUGCUGUGCGACGGCUGCAACAUUGGACGUCAUAUCUACUGUUUAAAACCAAAAUUAACGAAAGUGCCUGAAGGUGAUUGGUUCUGCAGCAGAUGCAAACCGAAUCAACAGCCACUGCCACAGAAAAAGAAGCGGCAAACAUUUAACUACUCAGAAGAAGAUGAGGAGGACGACGAUGACGAGGAGGUCGAAGAGGAAGACGAAGAGGAGGAUGAGGACGUCAAAGAUGAGGAUGAGGAAGACGAAGAAGAAAGUGAUGAUGAGUCAACAUUGGGCAGUCUGUUUGAAGAUUCACAGUCCGACAGCAACUACACCGACAAAAAAGUGUGUGCACGUUGUAACAAAGCCAAUCGCAAUUUGUUCAAGUGUUCAAAAUGUGAUCGACAUUAUGAUACGAAAUGUCUGAACAUGAAAUCGAAACCAGAUAAAAAAUGGUCCUGCAGCCAUUGUAGAGAUAGUCGAAACAAGCGACGCAGAAAUCAAGUGGAGUCAUCCGAAAGCGAUGACGAACAAUCAGCUAAAGCGCCAAAGUUGAAUGGUACGGAAGAGAGACGGUCGUCGCGACGAAAGACAGAAUCAUCACCACCAAGUGGUCAUCGAUUGAGUAGUACACGACGUAGCCGUGCCAACGAUGAUCUAUUGCUGGACAAUGUAAGCAUUCACAAGUUGCUCGACGAUGUGUGCAAAAAUGAAAAUUCAUGGCCUUUUCUGCGACCGGUCAGUCGACACGAAGUGCCCGACUACCACAAAGUGAUCAAACAACCGAUGGACUUAGCAAAAAUUAAAUCCAAAUUGAAUACCGGCCAGUACACGACCAAUGCAGAAGUCAUGAAAGAUAUUCAGCUGAUCUUCUUCAAUUGUGACCUGUACAACCAAAAUGAAUCGGAAAUUUACGUUGCUGGAGCCACGUUAGAGUCGUACAUUGUGACACGUUGCAAGGAGCUUGGUUUGAACUUUGUUCCUAGCGAAAUGGCCAACAGUUUAAACGAUGAGUCAUCGUCGAAACGAAAACGGCAGAAACUGUAAUUUCUAGACACACAUGUUGAACCAAACAAACCAAUAGCAAAAGCACCAACUCGUAACAAACAUACAAAACAACUACAACAACAACAGCAGUAAUCAAAUUGAGAAUAAUUCAGCGAUAAACUGUCUCUAAUUAAUUUAUUCAUAUUAUUUCUGAUUUUGAGUAGACAAUAAGUGUAAUAGUUUUUUUUUGCAUGUUUAUUAUUUAGUACAAAAUCGUUCGUAGGUAACAGAUAUAUUUUUUUUCCUUUCUUUCCAUGGAUGAUAAAUAAUGUGUUGAACCGAGCAGACGAGUUUUAAGUUUAUAUAAUUUCUACGAAUUUCGCAUCGAAAGUUUUGUCGGGUCAUUUGAAAGUCAGGCAUAGAUCGUUUUGGCAAUUUGAAAAGAAGAAAGGAAAGCAAAAGAAAGAACGAGAGAUGGAAAGGAAAACAAAACAGUGUUCAACUUUCGAUAGGACAAAUGAUUGAAUUGAUUAUAAUAUUAGAAUAAUUACGUCGCCAUUAGUUUUUGUUUUACUGGGGCUUUUCAAAAACUGUAAUCCAAAUAAACCCCUCUAAAUUAAGCGCUGAUCGCGAGAUUGGGCUGGUUCACUCAAUCGAUCACACUAGUUUUACAUACACUUACACCCAAACCCACACCCACACACCGCAUUUGAAAAAAGUUCAGUUCUGCAUGGACAAAACAAGUAAUUUUUGAUCAAGAAAAACGAGCAUUGCUGUUUGCAUCUAAAUAAUAAAUAGUUAUACAUUUCUUUUGCGCACGCAAACAGACUUUUGCGAAAAGAUAACAACAACACAUCCAAAAAGCACAUACAAACACACACUCACCACUGUAGAUAUCUAAUUUAUAAGCUAUGGAAAAUGAUGUAUUAUGUUCGUUAAAUUUAAUUUCUCGGUUAAGUUGAAAACAUGAAAAACAGAGUAACAUAUACACACACAAGCAAACAAAAAAAAAAUUUACAUUUAAUUUAGACCAUGGUUCGAUUUUAUAUUAUCAAAAGGAGAAAAAGAAAAACUCUAGCAUAAGCAAACAGUUGAAUGAACUUAAGAAUAAUUUAGCAGUAAAAAAAGGAACAAUUGCAGUAAAAAGCACAGAGGAAGAAAUCGUGUGAAUGAUAUGAUAAUGUUCAGGCAGAGCAAAAUGUGAAUUUUCACCGUAAUGUUUGGAUUGUAAUUGAGUUUUUUCUGUUUUUCAUUCUCGAAAAAUUGAACAUUUGAAUAAAAAUGAAAUCAACCAGCCGA